AUGCCAAGCGAAGCCAGCGGCGACUAUUAUCAGCAUGUCGUCGUGUACGGAUUACCCUAUGACCGCGGGUUCUCGCAUGGACAACAAGCUAGGGAUAAGAUUCUGCGGAAUAUAACUUAUUAUAAAGGGCCAGGGAACCUUAUCGCAUGGCCCACUGCGCUGAGGAUUAUUCGGGAAUGCUAUAUUCCAGGCUUGGAAAAGUAUUGGUUAUCGGGGCUUGCAGAAAUGCGUGGCGUCGCCGACGGUGCAGGAGUGGACCUGGAGGAUAUAGUGUUAUUGAAUGCUCGAUAUGACCUCUCCCACAUUAGCAAUCCUUCUACAACAUGUGAGGAAACCACUCGAAGUCUUCCUAAGUCGGCCCCCGAAAACGAGGAAGGACCACACUAUCUUUCGUAUCCGCGAGCGUCUUCUGAAUGUACCAGCGCGAUUAUUCUAUCGGAGGCGACCGGAGAUGGACAAGUCUACACGGCUCAAAAUUGGGAUAUGUCAGAUCGGCUCUUCAAGGAAGACGGGAUCAUCUACCUCGAGGUUCAUCCGCAUCCUUCAGAGAAUCUACCGUCCUUAUUCCUCGUAAGCGAGGCCGGCCAACUGUGUCGAUCAGGAAUGAAUUCGGAUGGGCUCGGAUUGUGCGCCAAUUCCCUGUGUAGCUCAAUCGAUGCACUGCCAUCCUCGCUUGACACCAGUGUGGGGAAAGGGGAAAUGCCGGCCAUUCCUCCAUCCUCAGCUCUACGACGACUAUUCCUAGAAAGCCCUAGCUAUGCUGACGGUCUGAAACGAGUCGCCAGAACACCCCGUCACGUCUCCUGCAAUCUGAUGUUGACCACCGCAGACAAUAUGGGCAUCUGUCUAGAAAUCACCCCCCGCAUGAUAUUCAGGAUAUCCGGGUCGGCCGGCUCCGACACUCCGUAUAUUCUCCAUAGCAACCAUUUUCAAACGCAGGCGUUCUUGUGUCAGUCCGAGAUCCAGGACUGUUUGGCGGGGGGCAGUUCGUGGUACCGUGCUGAUCGGCUGGAAGUAGGCAUCCGGAGAAAAGCGCUGAUCGGGUUUCUUACAGAGUCCGAUAUUAUCAACGCCUUCAAGGACCACGCUGGAUAUCCUCACAGUCUCUGUGAGCAUUCCGCGCGGAAGGCAACCGGGGGUCCAUUUGUGCAGCCCGGCCAGGCGAAUCCGUACUCCGGUUCGACAUGCACGGUCAGCUGUGUCAUCUACAACCUCACCAAGAGAUCGAUCAAAUGCAAUGGGACGCGUCCAGUAUGCACGCCAUGUCAAAAGGCGAGAGCUUCCUGCACCUGGGCAGGACUAGGCCGCAUGGGGGGCGAUAUGAGUGAAGAGCACGCCAGCCUACUAGAAUAUACCCGAAGCCUAGAGAGCAAAAUCGCGGAGUUGGAAAGUCAUGUCCAGCGCAACACCACCCCGGCGUCGGAUCACCAAGUGACAUCGGUAACAACUGAGCUGUCCACGGAUGUGGCCCUCCUAAGCAUGAAUGCCACGGCCGAACCGUUCUUUGUCGGCGCGACCGCCGGCUUUGGUCUCUCGAGAAUGGUGGAAGGCAUACUAUCUCAAUCCCCAAUUCCACAUACAGCGCAGGGGUCAAUCGCAUCCGCGAAUACACAGGCGAACAAUGAUGUUGAUCCGCCCAUGGACACUCACAGUAGACCGGAUCCCCAGCUCGAGCGGAAGCUGGCGGACAUUUUCUUCACUCGUGUUCAUCCCCGGUACCCAUUUCUGGACAAGUUCAGCUUUGACGAUUUUCACCAGUUUUACCUAGGAUCUCCGGAUAUUCGGGGGGUUAAUCCAUCCAAGCUGUUCCAGCUUCAUAUGGUGUUUGCAAUCAGUGCCCGCAUUCUGCAGCUUCAUCCGGAAAUGGGUGGCAGCAUCAGUCCCGAGUUUUAUUAUGCGAACGCGAUACGGUACGCUGAUGAGGCGCUACAGGUUCCUGGACUAGAGAAGAUUCAAUCUUUACUCCUCCUAGCGCUCUAUAUCCUUCGUACUCCAGGUAGUGUUUCUAAUUUAGGCGGUUGGCACAUCAUCGGAUUCGCGGUUCGAUAUGCAGUGGAAUUGGGAAUACACCGUAACAUCACCUGUGUUGGGCCACGAGCACAGGAUCCAUAUCAUAUUGAGAUUCGCCGACGAGUCUUUUGGAGCGCUUAUGUCCUUGACCGUGCUGUGUCGUUAACUCUGGGACGCCCGUUUGCACUGUCGGAAAGUGAUAUUGAUGUUGAUUUACCUGUUCCUCUGGAACAAAGACCUGUCGACGAAAAGGAAACUCAAUUUAAGCAGCCCUCUGCGGCACUUACUGACACAAAAGCGUUGAAUUUAUCGUCCUUCGUUCACCUAUGCCGGCUGAGGCGAUUAGAGAGCAAAAUAAAGCAGGAGCUUUACAGCGCUAGCGCCCCGACCAUGACGCAGAAUUACUCCUAUGAUGCGACAAUCGACGCUUUACGACAGGAGCUUCUCGAGUGGCUCAAUAACAUACCCUUUAAGGUCUCUGCGGACGGUCCGCCACAGGAAGGCUACUUGCUGUAUGACACCCCGGAGUUCUUCCGCAUCCAAUACAGCAAGGCCUUGCGCAUGCUCCUGCAACAGCGGAUUACCCUUGUCUCCUCCGAGGUAAACUCUUCCAAAGAUAAGGAAUACCUAGCAUUAAGCGCUAGAGCUGCGGGAGACAUUUGCCAAUACUAUCGAACGCUACACCAAAGAAAGCCUUUAGGCUGGAAUUUCCUCGCCCUGCAUUCCAUCUUCACGGCAGGUCUCACAUUGUUAUACUGUAUCUGGGCAGAGAGGGAGCAUGCAGACCUAGCUCGAUUUGAGGACAUUCGCUCAUGUUCGAACGUUCUCUUUGCGAUAUCCGAAAGAUGGCCGACCGCCACGAAGUUCCGUGACAUUUUUGAGGUCCUCGCGAAACGGAUGAUAGACCUAGUCUCUAUGUCAUCUCUGCCUCACGCUAGUUUGGACGGCGCAUCUUUUCUGUCGGAAGCCAGGAUUCCGCCUGCUGGGGCUUUACAGGAUUCGGCAGGGUUUCCGGUAAUGAAUCAAGACGAUUUCUGGUCGAUGCUGGAUGAACUGGUGGAUGACGACUAUAUCCGCAGUCAAUUUCAGCUGAACGGCGUGGAUAGCUCAUGGGGACUUUUCGAUAGCUGA